AUGUGUACUGAGUCAUUGAAUCUGACUGAGGACAAAGCAGGAAACUACUCAGCUAUGAGUAUCCCCAGGGCAGAUCUGUGGUGGUAUUGUGGAGAAAAAGUCCUAAGGUCUGUGCUCCCUCAAAAAUGGAAAGGCACAUGUGCCCUUGUUCAAUUAGCUAGCCCAUUCACCCUGGCAUUUGAGAAAGAAUCAGAUACCUUAGGAAAAAGAACAAAAAGGAGUCUGGGAGUAGUAUCUGAUGAAAGAAUCUAUAUUGAUUCAAUUGGGGUUCCUAGUGGGGUCCCUGAUGAAUACAAAGCAAGAAAUCAAGUAGCAGCAGAUUUUGAAUAUUUUUUUUUUAUUUUGGUGGUGACAAUAAAGAAGAAUGUGGAUUGGAUAAAUUAUAUAUACUAUAAUCAAAAAUUAUUUCUAAAUUAUACAAGGGAUGGUAAAGGAAUUGCAGAGCAACUAGAUGCCACCAGCAGAAUGGCAUGGGAAACCAGAAUAGCUUUAGAUAUGAUACUAGCAGAAAAAGGGGGAGUUUGUGUAACAUUAGGUGACAAAUUUUGUACCUUUAUCCCAAACAACACAGCACCAGAUGGAACCAUAACAAAGGCAUUACAAGGUCUUGCAAGGAUGGCAGAAGGGUUGGUUGAGAACUCAGGAACAGGUAGCUCUCUUACAGGAUGGCCAGAACCGUGGUUUGGGAAAUGGAAGGGAAUAGUAGAAUCCGUUUUUACAUCUCUGAUAGUAGUUGCAGGAGUAUUAACAGCUGUCAGAUGCUGUCUAAUUCCAUGUGUCAGGGGACUGGUACAAUGAUUAAUAGAGACUUCAUUGUCUAAACAAAUGCCUUUUGAACCACCACCAUAUCAGGAUAAAAUGCUCCUUCUUGAAGAACAAGAAGAGAGGCAAGAAGAAUUAUCAUCAGGAGUGUGA